AUGCUGAGCAUAAGGCAGCCUGGGGAGGCAUUUGCUGAAUGGCUGCAAACCACAGACGAAGCACCUCCAGCUUUGAGCUGGGGCUCCACCCCUCUUUCUCCUCCCAUCUCUGACUUCACACCACCUGCCCUCCGGAGUCUUCACUGCCCACUGCGACUUCAUGAAGUUGGCCUGGGAAAGGCAAUCAGGUGGUCACCCACGGCUACCAGGCCUUUUGUGUCCACCGUGACUUCCUGGACCAUAGGCCAUUUUGCAGCCACCCUGCCUCCUCCACCUGCGAGAGCCCGGAAGCCCAGCAUGUCUCCGGCGUCCGUGGGACCCUUGAUGCCCACAGCGUCUCCCAAUCCUCCUGCCUCCUUGAAGACCACCAAAUCGGCCAUGCCCAACAGCCCCUCUGUGUCCACCAAACCUGUGACCGCCCCUAACUCGGUCACGAGCCCAAGCAUGUCCGAAUCUCCCAAAUGGGCAAGUACAAAGGCAGCCCCUUCUAACCAGCCCAGCAACAAGUCCCGAGCCCACGGCACGGCCCGAACGCCUAGCAAAGCCAGCACUGACUCCAGGACCAGCAAAGCCAGCAAGGCCAGCAGGGUAAGACGCCCCCGGCGCAGAGGCACCCACGGCCGAGGCAGAACUCCCGGCAGAAGCGGAAGCCGCAGCUCCAAGAGGUCAGCCAACAGGGCCAGCACUCCCAGCAGGAGAAGAACUAAUGGUGCCAGACCAGGUGUGCCCAGCAGGGUGAGAACUCCUACUUCCCAGCGAAAACAGAGUUGGGGGAAGAGUUACAGCCAGCUGAGAACCGACAACCGGGAAAGGAGUGACAGCCAGCCUAGAAAUGUGAGCAGAAAGAGGAGCUGCAGCCCCCCAGGAGCCUUGGAUGUGGGGAAGAGCUCCAGCCUGGCUGGAACCCCCAGUAGGGCAAAGAGUUAUCGCCCCGCUAGAACUCCCUUCGAGGAGAAAGGUCACUGCCCGUCUCCAGCAUCAUCGAGGAGGGUGAAGGGUUAUAGUCAGAAGAUCACCCCCAGCAGGGGAUGGAGUUACAGCCCUACUGAAGUGUUCAGCAGGGUCGAGAGUUACAACCAAGGUAGUGCACCCAGCAGGCCCCAAAGUCACAGCCACUGGUCUAGAAUGCCUAGAAGGGCAAGAAGUCGCGGUAGGGAGAGGGCCCACGGCAGGGUGAGAGGUCACAGCUGGAAGAGAAAUCAUAGCAGGGCAAGAAGUCGUACCCGGAAGGGAACUCCCAGUCAGAUGGGAAGACACAGCCACUCUAGAAUCUGCAGCAAGGGGAAAACUUAUAACCAAUUUAGAACCCCCAAAAGGGAAAGACGUUACAGCCAGUCUAGAAGCCCCAGCAGGGAGAGAAGUCACAGACGAUCUAGAACCCACAGCAAGGAGAGAGGUUGCAGAUGGUCUAGAAGCCCCAGCAAGGAGAGAGUCCACAGCCGAUCUAGAACCCCCAGUAAGGAGAGCGGUCGCAGCCACUCCAGAACCCUCAGCACGGAGAGAGAUUACAGCCGAACUAGAAUCUCCAGCAAGGAAAGAGAUCACAGCCGAUUCAGAACCUCCAGCAAGGAAAGAGAUCACAGCCAAUCUAGAACCCUCAGAAAAGAGAAAGAUCCCAGCCAAUCUAGAACCCCCAGAAGUCUCAGCAGGAAGGGAUCCCCUAGCAGGGCACAGAGUCCUAAUCAGAACAGAAAACCUAGCGAGAUAAGGAGC